AUGGUUCAGAAUUGCGUUCAGUUUGGGGGGCUACCUAAUGAUGAUCUGAACCUCCAUAUUACCAACUUUUUGGAGUUAUGUGAUACUUUCAAAAUGAAUGGAGUAAGUAAUGAUGCAAUCCGUUUGAUGCUAUUUCUGUUUUCGUUGAGAGACAGAGCUAAAAGUUGGUUGAUUUCACUACAAGUCAAUUCCAUUGUGACAUGGGAAGACCUUGCUCAAAAAUUUCUGGCUAAGUAUUUUCCUCCCGCUAAAUCAGCACGGAUUAGAGGUGAAAUAAAUAAUUUCUGUCAAUUUGAAGGGGAAUCGUUAUAUGACGCUUGGGAAAGGUUUAAAGAGCUACUUCGAAAAUGUCCACAUCAUGGUAUAGUGAAAUGGAUGUUGGUGCACACUUUCUAUAAUGGACUGAGGGGAAACACAAGGACUAUAAUAGAUGCAGCAGUAGGUGAAGCAUUUAUGAGCAAAAGCACUAACGAAUCUUAUGAGCUUUUAGAGGAGAUGGCCAUGAAUAAUUAUAAUUGGCCAACUAAGCGAGAAAAUAAGAAGGUGCCAGGAGUUCUAGCAGUUGAUCCUAUUGCUAUGCUCACUGCUCAAAUUGCUUUGCUAACUAAACAAAUGCAACAACAAAACAACAUUUCAGCUCAAGCGAUGCAGCUACAACCCGCUCCUAUCAGUUGUGAGACAUGUGGAGGCUCUCAUCACUUUCAGCAAUGUCCAGCGACGAGUUCUUAUUUGGUAGAUGAUAUUCCACUUGAAAAUUUUCAAGCCAUUGGUAAUUUCCCAAAGCAACCGAAUAAUAACCCAUACCCUAACACUUAUACUCCAGCAUAUAAGAACCAUCCAAAUUUUUCAUGGAGUAAUAAUCAAGGGCACCAACCACAAUAUCAUCCAAAUCCACCUCAAUAUCCUCCAAAUAGACCAUCUUAUGGGCUAAAUCCAAGACCUUUUAUGAUACUCAAAGGCCACAAAUGCCGCAACAUCAACAACCACCGCCUCAAUUGA